GGAGGCCCGGAGGGAGGAGGGAGGGAGGAAGAGAGGGAGGGAGGAGGGCGGGCGAGCUGGAGCCGGCAGGCGGCGGGAGCCCGGGCCAGCCGCGUCGGGAGUGCGGUCUCCAUGGCAGUGCCAGGCGCAGCCAGAGUUUGUCCAAGUGGCUGAGCCUCACCCCUACACCCCUGGGGGCAUCCAGAAGAUCCCUGACUGGUCAAGAACCAGAAGAAGAAGAGACCUGCAAGUCCCCAUGGGGACUAGAGCUCCCCGGCCAGCCUCCUAGUUGGGAAAGCAGUCAGCUUUCCUCCCCCAUCUACUACAGGGAGACUUCAGGAAGGGCCCCGCCCAACAUGGAAGCUGAGGACUGCCUCUGCUGACCCUCAGUCUCCUCCCCCGCCCUCCACACCUGACCUUAGCUGGGUCAGUCAUGCAAUGCUGAGCACCAGAGUAGGCCUAGGGGCGGCCUGCCUCACCACGGGGCAAGGACUGUGGGCAUCAUGGGGCUGUGUGUGAGUGGGGCUCCUGGGUGAGACCUAGCCCCCACCCCCAGGAGUUCAAGGGGGGUGGGGGGCCGAGGAUAGGAUGGCUCGGGGCGGGGCGGGGGCAGAGGAGGCCUCCCUGCGCUCCAAUGCGCUGUCCUGGCUGGCCUGUGGGCUCCUGGCACUGCUGGCCAAUGCCUGGAUCAUCCUCAGCAUCUCGGCCAAGCAGCAGAAGCACAAGCCGCUGGAGUUGCUGCUCUGCUUCCUGGCAGGCACACACAUACUCAUGGCGGCUGUGCCCCUCACCACCUUCGCUGUGGUGCAGCUGCGGCGCCAGGCUUCCUCCGACUAUGACUGGAAUGAAAGCAUUUGCAAGGUCUUUGUGUCCACCUACUACACACUGGCCCUGGCCACCUGCUUCACAGUCGCCUCCCUCUCUUACCAUCGCAUGUGGAUGGUGCGUUGGCCCGUCAACUACCGCCUCAGCAACGCCAAGAAGCAGGCGCUGCAUGCUGUCAUGGGCAUCUGGAUGGUCAGCUUCAUCCUCUCCACACUGCCUUCCAUUGGCUGGCACAACAAUGGCGAGCGCUACUACGCCCGAGGCUGCCAGUUCAUAGUCUCCAAGAUUGGCCUCGGUUUUGGCGUCUGCUUCAGCCUCUUGCUACUUGGGGGCAUCGUCAUGGGGCUGGUCUGUGUGGCCAUCACCUUCUACCAGACACUGUGGGCCCGGCCCCGGAGGGCUCGGCAGGCUCGGAGAGCGGGGGGUGUAGGCGGGGCCAAGGGUGGUGGGCCAGGGGGUUUGGGCACCCGGCCAGCCUUUGAGGUGCCAGCCAUUGUGGUGGAGGAUGCCCGAGGGAAGCGGCGGUCCUCGCUGGAUGGCUCCGAGUCGGCCAAGACAUCCCUGCAGGUCACCAACUUGGUCAGCGCCAUCGUCUUUCUCUAUGACUCACUCACGGGGGUGCCCAUCUUGGUGGUGAGCUUCUUCUCCCUUAAGUCGGACUCGGCUCCCCCGUGGAUGGUGCUGGCUGUGCUGUGGUGCUCCAUGGCACAGACGCUGCUGCUGCCCUCCUUCAUCUGGUCCUGCGAGCGCUACCGCGCUGACGUGCGCACGGUGUGGGAGCAGUGCGUGGCUAUCAUGUCGGAGGAGGAUGGCGACGACGAUGGGGGCUGUGAUGACUAUGCAGAUGGCCGGGUGUGCAAAGUUCGCUUUGAUGCUAAUGGGGCCACAGGACCAGGGGGCAGGGACCCCACCCAGGUGAAGCUGCUGCCUGGAAGGCACAUGCUCUUUCCCCCUCUGGAGAGGGUCCACUACUUACAGGUCCCUCUGUCCCGCCGCCUGUCCCACGAUGAGACCAACAUCUUCACUACUCCUCGGGCACCAGGCUCCUUCCUGCACAAGUGGUCGUCCUCUGAUGACAUCCGGGUCCUCCCAGCCCAGAGCCGGGCCCUGGGGGGCCCUCCUGAGUACCUGGGAGGAAGACAAAGGUUGGAGGAUGAGGAGGACGAAGAGGAGGCUGAAGGUGGGGGGCUGGCAAGCCUUCGCCAAUUCCUGGAGGGUGGGGUUCUGGGGUCAGGUGGGGGACCCCCACGGGGUCCUGGCUUCUUCCGGGAGGAGAUCACCACCUUCAUCGAUGAGACACCUCUGCCUUCUCCAACUGCCUCGCCAGGGCCCUCUCCUCGCCGGCUCAGGCCACUGGGCCUCUCACCCCGCCGACUCUCCCUUGGAUCCCCUGAUAGCAGAGCCCUGGGACUUCCACUGGGGCUGAGUUCAGGGAGACGCUGCUCCCUGACAGGAGGUGAGGGUAAUGCAAGAGCUUGGGGAGGGUCCUGGGGCCCAGGUAACCCUAUCUUUCCCCAGCUGACCCUGUGAGCCCAGGUGGGCCUGCUGGACUCAGAGGAAGGGGCCUGGGUGAGUAAUGCCUUGUUCUGGCCCUGAGCCUAGGGCAGCUGCCUCCAGACUCCAGGGAGAUGGGCGCUGGACCUUGGGCCCUGGAGGCCCUGCUGUCUCCCAUCAAGUGACCAGAUGCCCUACUCACCUUCCAUCAUCCCUAGCAAAUGUAUUAAAGUCUGAAGUGUUACUAUGGAAA